CAAAAGCGUUGGUUUUGCCGCCGGGUAAAUGACGCAGGACCCCAACAUGAAUACAGACAAAGAGACUGGCGGUGGUGCCGCACGAACCACGGCAAAACUCUCCCUCCGCAACGAACUGUACAUAAAAAUCAACAACAGCUUCGGUAAAAAAGAUGUGAGAAACCUACGGGCGAUCCUCGAUGAUCGGCUUGGCCAGGCCCGACUGGAAGACGCCACACCUCUGGAGAUGUGCAGGAUGCUAGAAGACGAGGAUGAGAUCGGCGAGGGUCGUCUAGACUUGCUGAUAGAAGUACUGAAAGGUCUGAAGAAGUCAAGAUUAGCAAGAGAGGCAGAGGAGGUACAGAGGAAGGAAGGUAAAAAGGAAGUUCCGUCGGAGAAAAGGAAGAGGGUUGCCGGAGAAGGUACUGACAGCGCUCCUGUGGGAAAACACUUCAAGCCCUGCUCCGCUGAUCAAGGAAUCACCUCAGAUCGUGGUUUGCAUAAUUUUCAGAUGAUUUCAGGAGUGGAGCCCUUGCCAACAGGACGUGAACGAGCUGCUUCAGGUGACAGCGACGAAAUAGAAGAUUUCCCGGACGUCCCGUUCCAAGGAAGACAGGAGGAGCUCGACAGGAUCAGGAAAAACUUUAAGGACGGUUUCAAGGUGGGCCUGAUAUCCGGUCUGCCGGGGGUCGGUAAGAGUCGCCUAGCCAAUGAAGCUGCACUUCUCAUGUCUAUGAGGUGUCAAGAGCAAAACGUCCGUUUCAAACGCCACUGCCUUGAUGUUAGGAACUUCAAGAGCACAGAUCUGUUCAUUGACACGGUUUUCGCGUCUCUCUUGCCUGGAUUUUGCCCUGGAAUGAUGUGGACACCGGAGUCGUUGAUGGCAGCCGUCAAAAAAGUCAAGAAGGUCGAAGGCUUCCACCUCUUCAUCUGUGAUAACGCGGACACUAUUCUCGAAGACGACGACCUACAGUCCCAGUUAUUGAACGUGAUCUGUAAGAUCGUCCGAGCGUCUUCUAAGGUGUUCUUCCUGGUGACUUCCUGCAGAAAGUUCCGCCUGGCGAAGGAACGCAAAGUCUUCUUCGACAUCCACGUUCCCCCUCUGUACCACGAUGAAGCAACAGCGUUGCUGACGACGAUCGCCCCCGAAGUCCCUCCUGAUCUGGCGUCGGAGAUUGUGACCUUGUGUGGCCGUCUACCGCUAGCCCUGACUAUAGCCGGGAAUGAACUGCAAGGUGGAGAGGAGGAGGGCUACACACCACAAGAACUGAUCGAGCUUAUCAGGCAAGGCGUCUUGGAGAGCCCGCUCAGCGAUGACAGCUACAGUAAGAGCGAGCGAGUAGGCCAUGUUUUGAGCAGUGCGGUACAGAAGCUGACCGACGUUCUGAAGAAGCACUACGCAGAGUUGAACUUCAUCCCAGGCACCUUCAGCACAGCGGCGGCUGCAGCGGUGACGGGGGAGGAGAGCACGGCCGUGGUGAAGGCACACGCACUGCGUCCUCUCAGGCAGCGCUCGCUCCUGGAGUUCGACAACCAAGAAGGCAGGUGGGACAUCAAUUCUCUCCUGCGGAACAUCGUGCCGGCCUGUCUUGGCAACCGCAUGGACGUCGGAGUGACCCGCCGAAGAUACUGCAUCUUCUUUGCGGACGCUCUGAAGGAAAUCGGGGAGGGAAUGAAAAGGGACGCGCCGCGAAGCCUUCGGAACCUGACAAGUGACUUCCAAAACAUCGAGAAGAUGAUGUUAGAGGCCAUCAACUGUGCUGACGAGGAUUCCUACAGGGCGUUCUUCGGUGCGGUUUCCGAAGGUGAAGGGGUGAUGAACCAGUACACCCCGAGCACUGCAAUCAUUCCGUUCUACCAGGCCUGUCUCAACUCCGCCACGGUGCAAGGGACACCAGAUGAACAGGCCAAACUGCUCAUUGUCCUCGGUCAUGCUAAGGGUAGCCAGUUGGGACAAUACCAGGAGGCUUUUGACAACUACAUGCAGGCAAAGGCCCUACUUGAGCCGCUAGGAAGCAGCACCACACUGGCCAGACUGUAUACCAACAUGGGAUACGUUUACCACACCCGUGGAGACUACAAGACAGCUAUAAGGUACCUUAAUGAUGCCUUGGAGAUGUGGGACCGCCUUCGACACGGACCUAGUGUUGGCAAGUCAAUGACCCUGGCAAACUUGGGGAUGGUCCAUGGUUUCGUCGGAAACCUGAAGGAAGCGAGGGAGUAUCACACACGAUGUUUGGAGAUGAGAAUCGAACUGUUCGGUGAGAAUCAUCCGAUGAUAGGACCGCAACAGAACAACCUGGCCAUCAUCUACGACAGGAUGGGAAAUUUAGGGGAAGCUCUGGACCUACACUUAAGCGCCCUUGGUCUAAAACGCCGCUGGUUCAGCAAACCGAACCAGUCUGUUGUUACCUCCCUGAACAACGUUGCGCUUGAGUUCAUGUGCCGGAAGGAAUACGACAAGGCCCUGCAGUACCUUCUAGAGGCUGAGGAGAUGCAGAAGGAAAUUCUAGCUGGCGGCCGCUACUCCGUGUACACUAACUUCAACCUCGGAAAGGUUUUAGUGUAUAAGGAACAGUACGAAGAGGCAGAGGUGCAUCUGAGACUGGCGUCUAAGUGGUACGAAGAGAAUUGGGGAUCCAACAUUAUAACGGCGGAGGUGAUAGAAUUUCUGGGCAUGGCGCUACACGGAUUGGGCCGUCACGAAGAAGCCAAAGAAACAGUCGCAAAGUCUCUAGCCAUGUAUGAGAACGAGUCGGCUAACGUCGAUGUGGACAAGGACAUCCCGAGGUUGAGAGCACUACUGGACAAAGUCAGUCUUUGCGAAGAUAAAGACGCUUUGCUGCAGUCCCAAACGGCUAAGAUUAUCAGUAAGGAUGAGGAGCCAUCGAUGGCAGCAGGCAACAACCAAAAUAUGAAUCCUGGUGAAGUUGGAUCAGAUACAAAGGAACCCAUGACAGACGUUUUUGAAGUCUACCUUUACUUUGGUAGCCCAUGA